AUGGCUGACAAGACAUUCAAACUCAACACCGGGGCGGACAUCCCAGCCUUCGGUCUUGGCACAUGGCAGGGCGAGCCCGGCAAGGUCAAGACUGCCGUUUCGCACGCGCUCAAGUCGGGCUACAAGCUCAUCGACGCCGCGUACUGCUACGGCAACGAGGAUGAGGUGGGCGCUGGGUUGGCGGACGCCUUCGCUUCGGGCAUCAAGCGCGAAGACGUCUUUGUCAUGACCAAGGUCUGGGCCACAUACAACACCCGCGUCGGUCUCGGUCUCGAAAAGUCGCUCAAGGCCCUUGGUCUGGACUAUGUCGACCUCUACCUCAUCCACUGGCCCCUGCUGCUGAACCCAGACGGCAACGAUGACCGGUUCCCCAAGAAGGAGGACGGAUCGCGCGAUGUGAUCCGCUCGUUCGACCAUCGCGAGGCGUGGAAGGAGAUGGAGAAGUUGGUCGAGACGGGUAAAGUCAAGGCCAUUGGCGUGUGCAACUACUCCAAGCGCUACCUGGAGGAGCUGCUCCCCGUGGCCAAGAUUGUGCCUGCGAUCAACCAGCUUGAGAAUCACCCCCAGCUGCCGCAGACGGAGAUUAUCGAUCUCUGCCAUGAGAAGGGCAUUCACGUCGUUGCGUACUCGCCGCUCGGCAGCACGGGAUCCCCGCUGGCGAGUGCGGAGCCCGUGGUCAAGCUGGCCGAGAAGAAGGGCGUGUCGCCGUACACCAUUCUCUUGAGCCACCACGUUUCCCGUGGCCACACCGUGCUAGCCAAGUCUGUCAACCCCGACCGCAUUGACGCCAACAAGAACCUUGUAACUCUCGACAAAGACGAGCUGAAGCUACUGGAUGACUAUUCGGCCGACAUUGUGGCCAAGAAGGAGUGGAAGCGCUACGUAUACCCGCCCUUUGGCGUAGAUUUCGGGUUCCCCGACAAGUCAUAG